UAUAAAAUAUUCAGUCUAAUUGUGAGUCACUUCUAUUGCAUUUAUACCAAAUACGUUUGCACCAGUUUCGUACCGCGGGAGUAUACGCAUUUUUAUUACCAAAACGCACAAUUUUUUACCGCAUAAAUAACUAAACGAAAAAAGCUAUUAAAGUGAAGCAUUUAUCACAAAACCAUUUUCGUGAAACAGAAAAAACGCAUUAAGAACGUUUUGCAGCAAAAGAUAAAUUCAUUCCACAUACCGACUAUAAAUUGUGUCCCCACAUAUAGUAAUUCCCAGUGCAGUUAAAGUCACCGGGAUAAAACAGAGGGAAAAGGCAUAAUUUUAUACAUUUCACAUUUCUUUCAACCACGUGCGUCAGAGCAGGCCUUCCCGUUAUUUUGUCUGAAGUUCCAAAAUAGCCCAAAAUAGGUGUUUCGUCAUAUUCAUUUUUCCUAAAAAGGAAAAUUUAACUGACAUAUAAAACCAAUUACGGCUGUUAACAUAAAAAGUAUAUUAAAUUUAAAUUAAUCCGGCAAGUUUUUCCAGAUUUUAUUGAUUAAUUUUAAUCACCAUGUCUUACUUCGGUGAUGACCUACGGGACAGACAAAUUCCCGAGCGCAAUUUCAUGGCACGGUUCAACGACGACGACGACGAUGACAUAGAAGCACCUCCGAGGCGACCUCCUCCCCCUAGAGGACCGGCGAGCAGGGGUUACGAAGGAGAGGAUCCGAGGAAUCAGGGUCAAUAUCCUCCCAGACAACAACAACCGAUGGAACAGCCAAUGAAUAAUUAUCCGCCUGGAAAUGAUAAUUUCCCGCAGCGCGGACGUGGUCGUGGACGUGGUAGAUACCCGCGGCGUGGGCAUGGUAACUACCCGCCGCGCGGACGUGGUGACUACCCGCCGCGCGGACGUGGUGACUUCCCGCCGCGCAUGCGUGGGGCGCGCGGACGUGGUGUCUACCCGCCGGACAGACGUUCAGAGCCUGAACCCGGUCUACCUUAUGGUUCGGAAGAGGAGCUUCAAGGAUACCAGCCAAAUGGAUCACGUUAUGUACCGCAGCACCCGCCAUUUUUCGAACAGACAGAGGCCUUCGAAAGAGGUCCUCCUAACUUAGAUCCUGACUUCGAGGAACAGCUUAACGAAAGCUUGUCAGGUGGUGCCACUCUCGUUAGCGAUGACACGUACCAAGGUAUCGAAGAAGGCGAAGGGUUUGCGGCCAAGAUAUCGAAAACCAGCAUUGCUGUGUUUUGCUACGUUAUCGUUUGUUUAAUCUGUCUAACUCAACUCAUAAUGGGGGCUAUUUACUUGUAUCGGUGUCCCACGAAUGACAACAUCCCCGAAUGGAACAUGAUCAUUGGAGGCGUGACUUUGGUCAUUAUCAUAUGUAUCGCGCUGCUCCAUGGCUGGGAGAGAGUGAGGAGAAAUGCGGAGCAUCCGCUGAAGCCCUUCGACGACAGAGGACGCUCUGCGACAUCUCUCGGACAGUUCCACAAGAUGUCAUGGUUGUUUUUGAGCAUCAUACAGCUGCUCGCCCUGGUAGCCGGUACCAUCAUCAUCGCAAGAAGACGACCCGAGUUCGAGUUGGAACGAGAUGACUUGAACGACGACCCUUUUGACGACUACGAUAAUCGGCGACUGACGGGGUUGAGUCGGUUCCAUGACGCCGAGAUCAUGAACCCAGAGUUUUGCGACCCCGGAAUUUGGGUGUUCACGCUCGUCAUCAUCAUCGUCGGUUGGGUGUACCUGGCGUCUCUGUCUCUCGUCUGGUUCUAUUCCUUCUGCUACAGUCCCGACAUCCGAGUCAAAGAAAUUCGACCCACCGAGGUUGUCUAUUGGGAGAAACAGAAAAGCCAACAACCUGCUGUGAAUGCAAACAUCUACUCGUGAAACGACUUAAAGUUGAAAACUGAUCGGAUUUAACGUUGAAAAAAAAUUGUAGGAAGUUUUAAAAAAAAAAUUAAUUCGAAACAGCAUGUUUUGGAGUUUCUGAUGUUACUGUAAAUAUGUUUUCAUAUGAAAUAUGAUUAAUUUUAAAUUCUGUUGACCUGAUCUGUUAUUAAAUGUUUUCCGUACAAUCUUUAAUAUAUAACUUUAAUUUUGA